AUGUCGCAAGAGGACUUCAAGGACGGAAUUCAGAGGCUACAGAACAACCUAGAUGCCCACUUUCAGGCUGUCCAGACAAACAUAGAAGGCCAGCAUACAGAAAUCAGGAAUUCUUUAAAGGAAACCAGCGCACAAGAAGAUCUCGGGGCGACACUGAACCGGACGGAAGUUCAAUUUAUGGCUGUGAAUACCGAAAUAAAGAACCAACUGCAGGAAAUUGGGAGCAAGAUCAUCACAAAAGAAGACUUCGCGAAUUCAAUUCAGGCUCUGCAGGCCAAGCUGGAUGCGGGAUUGAACAGAACGGAGGAACUUAGGAUGAUGAAAAUAACAGCCGAUGCCAACGAUGAACUCAAAAGCCAAGCAAAUACCUUGAAAGACACAAUAAAUUACUUGCAGAGUCAGUUAAAAAUAUCCAAAGGUCAAACCAAAAUAAAAGAAGAUAUUUUAAAUGGGAAAGAGGAGCACCUUAAAAAUAAAGAUCAACAGAUCUCCGAUCUAAGGAAUAAGAUUAAAUUGAUUGAGACAACAACAAUCAGUAAACAAUCAGAACAAUCUAGUAAACUUUCAGAAUACCAAAUAAAACUCAGGGAGAUGGAACCAUUUAAGGUGACAAGUGCGUCGUCUCCACCUGGUUGGACUGUAAUUCAGAGACGCAUUGACGGAUCGGAGAACUUUAAUAGAACCUGGAAUGACUAUAAAUCUGGAUUUGGGAAAGUCAGUGGAGAAUUCUUUAUCGGGCUGGAAAAAUUACAUCGGAUGACUGAGGCACGACCCCACGAACUCUACAUUAAACUUGGGAAGGUUAAUGGAUCCACCAGCUACGCUCAUUACAAUGAUUUUAAGAUCGGGAGUGAGAAGGAAUUGUACGAGUUAAAGAAUCUAGGGAAAUAUUCUGGUGAAACCGGAGACUCUCUUACAUACAGUAAGAACCAAAAGUUCUCCACAAUUAAUCGGGAUAAUGACAAUACCAGUGAUUUAAAUUGUGCCUUUUCAUUUGGUGCAUGGUGGUACCACAAAUGUUCAGAAAGUACGCUCAAUGGAAAAUACUUCAAAAAUGGCAAAGGUUUUGAAGGAAUUCAUUGGGGCUCAUGGCAUGACAACGACUGGGAGAUAUCACUUACCUUCGUUGAAAUAAUGAUAAGGCCCAAGUCCUGA